GGAGGGGAAGACCCUGAGGGUGCGUGUCUCUUCAUCCGCAGCCUCCACAGCCCCGGGGGGCGUGGGGGUGUGCUGGCAACCACGCGGCACCACCUUCGCCUGACGGUGGAAGGGUCGGACUCGUCCUUGGCUCUUCUGAAGCUCCGGAGAUCUACGUGGGCAACUCUGCCAGCAGCUUACAAAAGAGAAGGUUAACUUUAGAAUGCCAUUAUGUCAGUUUAAAGCCAUUUGGUGUUGGGGUAUAAUGUGAAUUGUACCCUCCCAGUUGUACCUCUCUACAAACUAAUUGUAGCUGUAGGCUACUAGUUGUAGCCUAAAGGCUCUGUGGAAACCAUCAGUUCUCCUGGGUGUGAGAGAGCAUGUAAUGUAGUGCUGGAAACUGAAGGUGGAUGUAAGUGCUGCGUGGUGAAAUUCUCCUGACAGAGUAUCCCAGCUGUGCCUUGCCAUCUGGAGUGUGUGCGUAGUGGGAUUGAGCUGAGGCAACAUGGAAGGGGAGUUGACAUGGAUGACAGCUGCUUUCCUCUCAGAUGUCUGUGUAUACGGAGACACAAAAGUAUUAUUUAACCUAAACUGUUUGUGGAAGAAGGACCUGGUCUCCAUCAUGACAAUUCUUGGGAAAUCUUGUUGUUUCUCUCCAUGUGUUCAGCAACAGGAUUCAAGGGUCAUGAUGAAGAAGCUGUUGUGGAUAUGGGCAAAAUCAGCUCUACUAUCAAUACAAAUUUUGAGAAAGAAGAACUAGAGAGCCACAGAGCUGUGUAUAUUGGAGUUCAUGUCCCACUUGGAAAGCCAGGCCGUCGGCGGCAUCGACAUCGUGGGCACAGGCAUCACAGGAGGAAAAAAGAAAAAGAAACUGACAGAGAGGAUGGCCGAGAAUCUCCAUCAUAUGACACACCAUCUCAACGAGUCCAGUUUAUCUUGGGUACCGAAGAUGAUGAUGAACACAUUCCUCAUGAUCUCUUCACUGAAAUGGAUGAACUUUACUUCAGGGAUGGAGAAGAAUAUGAAUGGAGAGAAACGGCUAGGUGGCUGAAAUUUGAAGAGGAUGUUGAAGAUGGUGGUGAUCGAUGGAGCAAGCCUUAUGUAGCAACUUUGUCUCUGCACAGUCUCUUUGAACUACGAAGCUGUAUUCUAAACGGGACGGUCAUGUUGGACAUGAGAGCAAGCACACUUGAUGAGAUAGCAGAUAUGGUUUUGGACAACAUGAUUGCCUCUGGCCAGCUGGAUGAAUCCAUAAGAGAGAAUGUGAGAGAGGCUCUCCUAAAAAGGCACCAUCAUCAGAAUGAGAAAAAAUUCAGCAGUCGGAUUCCUCUGGUUCGGUCUUUUGCAGAUAUAGGCAAGAAACAUUCUGACCCUCACUUGCUUGAACGAAAUGGGCUAUUAGCAUCUCCACAGUCAGCACCUGGAAACUUAGACACUGGGAAAAGUGGAGAUGUUAAAGGUACUGGGACAGGAGGAAGCAGAGAAAACAGCACUGUUGAUUUUAGUAAGGAGUCUGCCUCCUGGCACUGUAGUUGUGGCACACUUGGUGUGGGACUCAAGAGGCCAUCUGUUGAUAUGAACUUCAUGAGGAAAAUUCCUUCAGGAGCAGAAGCAUCAAAUGUGUUAGUGGGAGAAGUAGAUUUUUUAGAAAGACCCAUUAUUGCUUUUGUGAGGCUCUCCCCUGCUGUGCUUCUCUCGGGUCUCACAGAGGUUCCAGUUCCUACACGGUUUUUGUUUUUAUUGCUGGGACCAGUUGGAAAAGCUCCACAGUACCAUGAAAUUGGAAGAUCAAUAGCAACACUUAUGACAGAUGAUGUUUUCCAUGAUGUUGCCUAUAAAGCAAAAGACCGCAAUGAUUUGUUGUCCGGAAUUGAUGAAUUUUUAGACCAAGUGACAGUCCUGCCUCCAGGAGAGUGGGAUCCAUCUAUACGAAUUGAGCCGCCAAAAAGUGUUCCUUCCCAGGAGAAAAGGAAGGCACCUAAAUUUCCAAAUGGAUCUACUCCUAUAGGAGAGACUCUCAAAGAAGAAGGCCAUCAUGCUGGACCUGAGCUUCAGAGAACUGGAAGGCUUUUUGGUGGUUUGAUACUUGACAUCCAAAGGAAAGCACCUUUUUUCUUGAGUGACUUCAAGGAUGCAUUAAGCCUGCAGUGCCUGGCCUCGAUUCUUUUCCUAUACUGUGCCUGUAUGUCUCCUGUAAUCACUUUUGGAGGGCUCCUGGGAGAAGCUACACAAGGCAGAAUAAGUGCAAUAGAGUCUCUCUUUGGAGCCUCAUUAACUGGGAUUGCCUAUUCUCUCUUUGCUGGGCAACCUCUUACUAUCUUGGGAAGCACCGGACCAGUUCUAGUAUUUGAAAAAAUAUUAUUUAAAUUUUGCAGGGAUUACGAUCUUUCCUACCUCUCCCUGCGAACUAGCAUUGGUCUGUGGACUGCAUUUCUAUGCAUUGUGCUUGUAGCCACUGAUGCCAGCAGCCUUGUGUGCUACAUCACUCGAUUUACUGAGGAAGCUUUUGCAGCCCUUAUAUGCAUCAUAUUUAUUUAUGAGGCGUUGGAAAAGCUUUUUCAUUUGGGAGAAGUAUAUGCCUUCAAUAUGCACAAUGACUUGAAUAAACUGACUUUAUAUUCAUGUGUGUGUUCUGAGCCUGAGAAACCAAGCAAUGAAACAUUGCGUGUGUGGAGGAGUAUGAAUAAGUCUCGGGAAGAUAUAGCAUGGAGCAACCUUACAGUUUCUGAAUGUUUAAAAUUUCAUGGUGUGUUUCGUGGAUCAGCUUGUGGCCAUCAUGGACCAUAUAUUCCAGAUGUUCUCUUCUGGUCUGUCAUACUAUUCUUUACAACAUUUUUCCUCUCCUCUUUCCUUAAGAAAUUCAAGACUAAACGCUAUUUCCCAACUAAGGUGCGUUCUACCAUCAGUGACUUUGCAGUAUUUCUGACCAUAGUAAUCAUGGUUUUGAUUGACUAUUUUGUAGGAAUACCUUCUCCUAAGCUCCUUGUUCCAGAGAAAUUUGAACCCACCCGAAAAGACCGAGGAUGGUUCAUAGAUCCUCUGGGAAGCAACCCUUGGUGGACACUCUUAGUUGCUGCUGUUCCUGCUUUACUCUGUACUAUUCUCAUUUUCAUGGAUCAACAAAUAACAGCUGUUAUUAUAAACAGGAAAGAGCAUAAACUGAAGAAAGGCUGUGGUUAUCAUCUUGAUCUGCUGAUGGUUGGUGUUAUGUUGGGGAUAUGUUCUCUCAUGGGUUUACCGUGGUUUGUUGCUGCAACUGUCCUGUCUAUAAGUCACGUUAACAGCCUGAAAGUUGAAUCUCAAUGCUCAGCACCAGGAGAACAACCAAAGUUUUUGGGAAUCCGGGAGCAGCGAGUGACAGGAUUGAUGAUUUUUGUGCUGAUGGGGAUGUCAGUGUUCAUGACCUCUGUGUUAAAGUUUAUUCCAAUGCCAGUUUUGUAUGGUGUAUUUCUUUACAUGGGAGUAUCUUCAUUAAAAGGCAUUCAGUUUUUUGACCGUAUAAAACUGUUUGGAAUGCCCGCCAAACAUCAACCUGACUUGAUUUAUCUACGUUAUGUGCCACUCUGGAAGGUUCAUAUCUUUACAGUCAUUCAGCUCACUUGUCUAGUUCUGUUGUGGGUGAUUAAAGCCUCUGCAGCUGCUGUUGUUUUCCCUAUGAUGGUUCUAGCUUUAGUGUUCAUUCGCAAGCUCAUGGAUUUAUGUUUCACCAAAAGAGAGCUUAGUUGGCUUGAUGAUCUUAUGCCAGAAAGUAAAAAGAAGAAAGAAGAUGACAAAAAGAUAAAAGAGAAAGAAGAAGCAGAGAGAAUGCUUUCAGACAAUGACAGUGUACACCUUGCAUACGGAGAAGCAAGUUUGAAUUUUCCUGUAAAAACCCUGAAAUACAGCAUUGAUCCCUCAGUUGUAAACAUAUCAGACGAAAUGGCCAAAACUGCACAGUGGAAGGCUCUUUCCAUGAGUACUGAGAAUGCCAAAGUAACCAGAGCUAACCUGAGCCCUGAAAAACAAGAAAGUGUGAAAAUAGAAGUGGAAAAAUCACAUGCUGUGAAAUAUGUGGAUGCUGAAACAUCUUUAUAGAACGGAACUGUGUGUAUUUGUGUGUGUAUAUAUGUAUCACUGUAGGAUAUU